ACCCAUAAUUUCCCACUUCACUACCUACUCACUCACUUCUCUUCAUUCCGUGAUAUCUACACAUUUCUCACCGAACCUUUUUCGAUGGCUCGUCUAGGUGGACUUCAGGUCGAGACCGUUAACUUUCCCGCCGAAAUCAAGCCUCCGGCCUCCGCUAACACUCUUUUUCUCGGCGGUGCAGGAGUUAGGGCAUUGGAGAUCGGAGGAAAUACUGUGAAAUUUACUGCGAUCGGUAUUUAUUUGGAGGACAAAGCUGUGCCGUCGCUCGCCGGUAAGUGGAGUGGAAAGAGUGCGGCGGAGUUAAUGGAUUCCGUUGAGUUCUUCAGGGACGUUGUCACUGGGGGUUUCGAGAAGUUUACAAAUGUGACAUUAAUAUUGCCACUCACGGGUGAACAAUAUGCUAUGAAAGUGGCAGAGAAUUGUGAAGCAGCUUGGAAAUCCAUGGGAAUUUAUAGUGAUGAAGGAGCUGAAGCCAUUCAAAAGUUCAUCGAUAUCUUCAAAAAUGAAAAUUUCCCUCCUGGCUCCUCCAUUCUUUUCACCCAUUUGCCUCCUAAUACCUUAUCGAUUAGCUUUUCAAAAGAUGGGAGUAUUGGUGAAAAAGAAGAAGAGAUGGUGAAAAAAAUAGAGAACAAACUGCUUAGUGAAUCUGUUUUGGAGUCCAUUGUUGGAAAAAAUGGGGUUUCACCAGCUGCAAGGCUUAGUUUGGCUUCAAGAUUAUCCCAUCUCUUCAAUCUAUCUCAACCCAACAUUUCCAACCCUUUUCAAGAUCCUAAAUCCGAACCAAAUAGGAUCCACUUAUCCACAUAGGUGCAUUCUAAGACUCAUCCUUCUGCAUUGUUUUCUCGCUCUUAAAGUGUUGUAAUAACUGAAUUCUAAUUUACUCGCUGCUUUUCUCCUUCAUUAUUAUUAUUUGAGUUCUAAUACUACUUUAGUAUUUGAGUUCUAAUACUACUUUAGUAUUUGAGUUUUGGUUCAUCUUUUGUUUUAUAAGUUUCAAUUUUUUAUCAUUGUACUGUACUCUUCAUUAUUAUGGUUCAUUUUGAUCAGUGUACUUUUAGCUUUGGUUUA